UCGAUGUGUUUGUCCUCAGUGGGCCCCCUGCGGGUGGAGUUCAACACCUCUGUGAACCUGGAGCAGGUAAAGAAGUACAACCCCAUGCUGCAGCCAGGCGGACGCUUCAAACCCAGAGACUGUGAGGCGCUGCAGAAAGUUGCCAUCAUCAUUCCCUUCCGCAAACGAGAUGAACACCUCAAGUACUGGCUCUACUAUCUGCACCCCAUUCUGCAGAGACAGCAGCUCGACUACGGAGUCUACGUCAUCAAUCAGGUACGUGUGAUGUCACACUGUCAUUAGACCACAGGAGUCUGU